UUGGAAGGAGCCCUCUCGCGGCCGAGGUAGCAGCAGCGCCCGCCCCGGCUGCAGUCCCGCCGCCGCCGCCGCUGCCGCCGCCUCGCGCUUCAGCCGCCCGGCCAGACAUGAGUGAGGCGGCUCGGGAUCUCUCGCCCGGAGCGCCGCCGGCGGUGGCCGCGGCAGCAGCCGCCUCCGAGGAGAGGAAGGGGAAAGAGCCGGAGCGCGAGAAGCUGCCGCCCAUCGUGACGGCCGGCGCAGCCGCGGGCUUGGACAGAGGAUCCAAGGGCCAGAUUUCCACUUUUAGCAGCUUUGUUUCGACUGUUACCCAGAAGAAAGAAGCCGCUGAAAAUAGAAGCUCACCUACCCAUCUUGCUCUUCCUAACAUCAGGAAUGUGAGAGACCUACCACCAAUUUGUCUUGAUGUUAGACAAAAACAGCGCAUGUCUAUGGAUGCAUUAUCAUCUGAAGUGAAGGUUCCACCCCUUCCAGAACCUACUCUUCCUAGCCAGCCCAAAACUGUGAAAGACUUUGAGGAAGAUUUAGAAAAAGCUGAGGCCACAGGAAAUUGGAAAACAGUACAUGCUUUUUAUAUAACAGCAUUUGAUUCUUUCACAGAAUUAAAUGCUGCAUUUAAGAAAGAUGCCACAGCCUCAUUUAAUACUAUUGAGGAUUCUGGGAUUAAUGCCAAUUUGGUGAAUGCUGUAUUUGAUGCCUUACUUAAUACUCCUCAAGAUAUUCAGAAGUCAGUAUUGAAGGGAAUCAUUAACAGCUUGUUACAAGAAUGGAAAGGUCCACGGACAAAAGAUGAUCUUAGAGCAUAUUUUAUACUGUUACAGAAUCCUCAAUUUAAUAUCACAUCUACAUAUGUCAUCUAUGCUCACUUGCUACGACAGAUAGCUACCUUAGUGGAAGCUGACCACCACUUCCUAGUUCACUGGCUUAAAAAAUUAUCCCAGAAGAAAUUCAAGCAACUGGUAGAGAGAUUGCUGCAAUUUGUUUCUUUACGCCUGUUUCCAGCAAAACCUGAAGAAUUCCCGCCUCUAACAAAGUGUACCUGGUGGAUUCCAUCGGCCACUAAAGUUCUGGCUUUACUUAAUACUGCCAACAAUUUGGUUCACCCUGCCCUUGUUCCUUACACGGAUUUCUACAAUUCUACCUUGGAUCACAUUGAUCUCAUGGAAGAGUAUCAUACUUGGCAGAGCUUUGGAAAUUCUCACAGCAGGUUUUCCUUCUGUCAGUACCCAUUCGUUAUUUCUAUAGCUGCAAAAAAAAUCAUUAUUCAAAGAGACUCAGAGCAACAGAUGAUAAGCAUCGCAAGGCAAAGUCUGGUGGAUAAAGUAUCUCGAAGACAGAGACCUGAUAUGAAUAUGUUAUUUCUAAAUAUGAAAGUAAGGAGGACACAUCUGGUUAGCGACUCACUUGAUGAGUUAACCCGGAAAAGAGCUGACUUGAAGAAGAAGUUGAAAGUUACAUUUGUAGGUGAAGCUGGUUUGGAUAUGGGUGGCUUGACUAAAGAAUGGUUCCUUCUUCUAAUUCGCCAGAUUUUCCAUCCAGAUUAUGGCAUGUUUACAUACCACAAGGAUUCACACUGCCAUUGGUUUAGCAGCUUUAAAUGUGAUAACUAUUCUGAGUUCCGAUUGGUUGGAAUUCUCAUGGGACUAGCUGUUUAUAACAGCAUCACCUUGGAUAUUCGUUUUCCUCCCUGCUGUUACAAAAAAUUACUGAGCCCUCCCGUCGUACCUAUUGAUCAGAGUACACCAGUAGGCAUCUGCAGUGUUACCAUUGAUGACUUGUGCCAGAUUAUGCCUGAAUUGGCCCAUGGAUUAAAGGAACUCUUAUCAUAUGAAGGCAAUGUUGAAGAAGAUUUCUAUUCAACAUUUCAGGUUUUUCAAGAAGAAUUUGGAGUAAUUAAAUCCUAUAACUUAAAACCAGGGGGUGAUAAGAUUCCAGUUACCAAUCAGAAUAGAAGAGAGUAUGUACAGCUUUAUACUGACUUCCUUUUGAACAAAUCUAUCUAUAAGCAAUUUGCUGCAUUUUACUGUGGAUUUCAUAGUGUGUGUGCUUCAAAUGCCCUAAUGCUGCUUCGUCCAGAAGAGGUUGAAAUUCUGGUUUGUGGAAGUCCUGAACUGGAUAUGCAUGCACUGCAGAGGAGUACACAGUAUGAUGGCUAUGCUAAGACAGACCUGACCAUACGAUACUUUUGGGAUGUUGUGCUUGGAUUUCCUCUUGAACUUCAGAAGAAGCUGCUACACUUUACUACAGGAAGCGACAGAGUACCUGUUGGAGGGAUGGCUGAUUUGAAUUUUAAAAUUUCAAAGAAUGAAACUUCUACUAACUGGUUACCUGUGGCACACACUUGCUUCAAUCAACUCUGCCUUCCCCCGUACAAGAGCAAAAAAGAUCUGAAACAGAAACUGAUUAUUGGGAUUUCAAAUUCAGAAGGUUUUGGACUUGAGUAACCUAGAAGACUUGAACUACAGUAUUCCAUAUAUGUAGCACUCAGUUCCCUCUUACUGUGCCUUUAACACUUUCAUGCUUCUGUUUCAAACCACUUUCUCAAAGCUCACCACUUUUAAAAUAAUGAGGGUCUUUUUUUUUUUUACUCAGAUACAAAAUAUGUGUAGUGAAGGCAUGAUUUAAAAUAUAUACAUCAGAAAUUUAUUGAGUGAGAAAAAGAGCCUAUGGCAGAGACAGGUCUGAGUCCAGCAGUCUUUUUAUAGGCAUUUUGUUGUUUUCCAUAUGUAGUUUGUCACAGGUGUCCACUGGGAAAGCCAAGUUUGGUAAGAAUGCAUCUAUGAAACGAUAGAGCCCAGUGGCAGAUGUGUGCUGGCAGCACACUGUAGCAAAGCAGAGAGCUACAUUAUCUUUACCAUGAAGCAUGUAGCCAUAUUUUCAUACAAAGGUAACAACAGUAUAACUGCAAGUGCAGUUUACAGGGUCUUUUGAUAUAUUGGUUUGGGGUCCUAUAAGAUCUUUUCACCUGUUGCUGAAAAGCAUGUAAAUAACACUACACAGCAGCUGAAGAAUCAUGGGAUUUUGAUAGUGCCAUUUAUUGCUAAAGAUUUAUUUUUACAAAGUAAAUUUAGGGUUUUAGAUGUGUAUACAGCUUUUACAAAUCAACAAAGAUGAUUGUACAAGAGUAUUUUCAGACCAAUUGGAUUCAAGGUUUUAUUCUUUUAAGUACUGUUAGUCUGCAUGCGCACUGACAGACAGUAAAUUGGUUACUUGAGUAUUCUGUAAUGUUUGUAUAAUGGUCAUUUCUUCUUAAAAAUCAGAAUAGUAGAGCAAAUUAGACCAAACUAGUCAUUGAUUACUUAAAAUAAUUACAAGCACAAAAGAAAUCCUGCUAUUUUAUAUAUUUUGAUGUACUACUUAUAUCUACAUUUUUGAUCACCAGUUAUACAAAAACACUAAUUUUUGGAAAAUGUAGGAUAAGAUGUUUGACAAAAGUGAAAUACAAUUUAAAAAAACAUUUCUGUCAAAAUAAUGUAGCUUGAUAUAAAAGAGAAGUUUGACAUUUUGACUAAAAUGUUUGUUUUUCACUCGAUUCUAAAUAUAGUAAAUUCAAAAGUACCCUUGUUUUUUAUUUAUAAUAAAAUAGCAUGUAAAAACUGCAUUUUUAAGCCCCAGGGUUUUUGUUUUGUUUUGUUUUGUUUUAAUUUAUAGUGAAGCAGUUUUAUUAGCAUGUUACAAAAUUUCCAUCUCAAGAUUUAUUCUUUGUUAGCUUUUCUUCAGAAAACUCUGAAGUGACAUUUGCAAUAAGAAUGAAACCAGCAUUUAGUACCAGCAUAUCAUCCACACGCAAGUAAUACUUGCCCAAAUCUCCCAAGCUAGGCGUUUCCUUGUUGCUAUGCUUUCUGCACCCAACCAGCAGAAUUCAGGGGUGCAGGAACUCAUCAGCGUGCCCACAGUUCUGAAGCCCACCCCACGUGUUAGAAAACCCAACUUCCCUUCCUGUAACGCUUGAGCCUGCAAAUGACAACCUUCCCAUUUGAGUAUACCAAAAGGAUAUUUCUUCUUUAAAAUCUUGGAAAGCCUAAGACCACAAAAGGUACAUUUGGUUUGCUGUGUAUAUUGUUUUUAAUCCAUAUGCAAAUAAAACUGCUUCUCUCUUGCACUGCGUAGAGAUGUUUAAUUGUAGGUUCCUACUAACAAGCACAAAGAAUUAUGUAUAGGAAACCAGAUUUAAGUGUUUUCAGUAAAAUGUAAACAAAGUUUUUAUUUGUUAGGGAUGACUCAUGGAAAUAGUAUUGGUUUGGUCUGCAUGUCUAACGAUGUGUGUGUAUUGAUAGCUAUGUCACUUUUGCAAGUACACAGGCAAGCCAAAUUUUAAGUGACAGAAGUCCAUAAAUAAUGGGAAUUUUUGUUGUCUUUUAUUAAGUUGAAGUUGAUAACCAUUAAUUGCUAAGUCAUAUAUUUAUGCUCUGUUUUGGUUUACAAUGUAAUAAUACCUCAUUUUAAAAGUAAAAACUACUACUGUUACAUUUUAUUUUAAUCAGCUAGAAAAUUCAUGUAGCUUUUUAAAUAUACAAACUGUUAAUGAUUUCUUGAGUUUUUCUAUCUGCCAUAGUAAAUUAAAGCAUUGCACAGUAUUUAUUAGUAUUUAUAAAAUGUCUUGUCUUUUUUUAAAAAACCUAUUAUUUAUUUUUUCUGUAUAAGUUUUUAACAGUCCUUCUUUUGUAUA